AAUACAAUUUAUAAUAGGAAACACAAUUAAUAGCAGAUUGUCUGCCUAACAGUUUUUACUUCAAAACCUAAUAUAUAUAUAUACCAAGUCCAAGUGAAGAGUAGGACUAGGGCUAGGAGGUAAUGAAGAAUGUUCCAAAUCUACCUCAAGAGUUGGUGGAGGAAAUCCUCACGAGACUGCCAUGCAAGUCCUUGAUGCGCUUCAAAUGUGUGUGCAAACACUGGUAUGCUCUUUUUUGCAAUGACACCAAGUUCUUGUCUCGCCAAGUUUCUCAUUUCCUCAAAAACCAAAACUCUGCCGCCACUGACGUGCUCCUCAGGCAUCCCUCCUUAACAAACUCUAGGACUGGCCUGGCAACCCUGCCAUGUAAACUCUUAACCUUGUCUCCCGCAGGAGAAUGGGUCAGAAUUUGUGGUCACUCUAAUGGUAUAUUAUGCUUGUCCAGUGGAGAUAAUUCGCAGGUUCUUUUGUAUAACCCAUCAACCACAGAAUUUAGAUACCUUCCUCACACCCUUGAGCGAUUGGGAUUCUCUGAAGCAGUUGGAAUGGGGUAUGAUUAUUCCAGUAAUGAUUUUAAGGUUAUAAGGAUUCGGUAUGCGGUUAGCGACAUUUGGGCGGAGCAAUAUACUUUAAGUACUGAUUCUUGGACAGUGCUGCCUAAUUCCAAUGCUGAGCUUUUUGGUUUUCGUAGUGAUAGUUUUGCAAUGUGCUUUAAGAGAACUUUCUACUGGUGGGCAACCUACCAAGGAGACUAUGUAAUCGUGGCAUUGAAUAUGGAUGAUGGGGUUUUCCAAAUUGUGCCUAAGCCACCUGGUGUUCUUAUUGGCCAACUUCAUCCUAGAUCUCUAACUGUGUUGUAUGACUCCAUCUCACUGGUUUGCUGUAGCUGUUAUCAUAAUACCCCAUUCAGUAGUAUUGACAUAUGGGUGAUGGGUGGAUUUGGUUCCUGGACCCAGAUGAGGACUAUAAAACAUGUAAGAGGAGUGCUUAGACCAUUGGUUUUCUGGAAGGGGAAUGAGCUUCUUAUGCAGAUGACUCUUGGAAAAAUCAAGUCAUACCGAGUUGAUACAGAGGAAAUUAAGGAUCUGUAUUUAGACAGAAACCCAUAUCUGUAUUUAGACAGAAGCCCAUUUCAAGCUGUAAAUUAUGUGCCAAGUCUAGUUUCAUUGAAGGGAGGGAUUCACCUUGUUUAAUGCAUGCACGCAUAAAUUAUGCAAGGUUGGCCUCUUUAAUAGGAUGUUUGGUUUCACUUUUAAACCUUUUAGAAUCACUUCUAAGUUGUAUCCAAUGUGAAAAUUUGUCAGAUUUCCAAACACACUUUCAUUUAUUUAGAAAUGCUUCUGAGGAUUUGCUUCUAUCUUGAACUCAUUUAAAUUUCUCUAAUUUGUGCUGCUAUAUUCAACUUAUUUUAUUGCACUCUUCUAAUUUAUAAUUUCUUCAGCUACAUCAAGUAAAUUUACCAUGACUUGGCGUUAUGCA